GAGCUCUCUUUUUACUUUCUUUUUCUCUCUCUAAUACAGUUGAACGUUAUUGCUAAAUUAAGCAUCUUCUCUCUCUUUCUCUCUCUGUGCUCGAAUUAAUUUAUUCACGCUUAAACAAGACUACCAGAGCAAAAAGGGACCAAUAUUGUGUACAAAUUCACUGUGUAACAUCAACGUGAUUCAAUCUAAUUUUGCCGCUUCUUUUACAUCUCUUCUUCAUCUUUAAGCGACACUUUUUUCUCAUUUUUUUGGUCAAUCUUCUGCUAACUAGCAUUUGUAAAUCGUUGUCACCAUCAUCAACAUCACAAUCCUCUGCAACCAAUCACCAAUCUAGUCAUCAUUUGUCUCCAGUUUGGUAAACUGUUUUCAGUUUUUCACCAAUCAUUUCUUUUUUCUCUGUGCUUUACAUUUGACUCGUCAUUUAUUGUUAACUAAUUGAAUAUGAUUUACAACCAGCAACAGGAUACUUGUGUUGAACCAUCUGACCAUCAGUACAGCAAUCUUUGCCUUUCCAUGGUGGAAAUUUUGUCUGUUAAAUUGGAUUGAAGUUAUCUGACAACAUUUUUCAUCUAUACAAACACAUUCAACCCUUUUCUUGAAUAAUAUUAUUUGUUGUUCCCAUUGAAUCAUGUUUCACCCACCAUCUUACUGUCAUUGCAUUUGUUUCAUUAUUAUUUCAUCUUCCAUAUUGUUUGUGAUUAGUUCAAGUCAACAUACUCAGACAUCAUUUUCAAGAUUAACUGAAUCCACAGGUAAACUCACAACUCAUGUCAAAAGGUUGAGGACCAAAUCAUUACAUAAUGGCACCUUAAAUAGGCCCAAAUUUUUCAUACCAACUAAUUUACCAUUGAAUAAAGAAAUUAAAAUCUACAUUUUCAAUGAAGAGGUUAAAAGGUUUACAUUUACAAUCAACUCUAAACUUGAGGCUCCAUUAACAUUAACUGUAACUCCAUGCUCUGACCCAAUCAAAUGGACGUUUGAAUUUGUUGAGGACAUCAACGCAAAAGAACUUGUUAGCACCAGAAAACGUCGUCGUCAUGGUAAACAUAGACAAUCGGAUGAGGAAAGAGCACGAAGAAAACGACAUCGCCACGACCUUAGACAACUAUCCAAUGGAUCACAGCAAUCAAAUUUACUUUUGGCUAAAUACAGUGGAAUGGAACGGAAAAGCUUUACCGAUAUUCGCCGUCAAUAUGCUGGUCAAUAUGUUAUUCAAUUGUCAUCCAACAAACGAGCGACGAGUUGUACUUUGAUUUUAUCUCAUUUCAGCCCUCACCCAUUGUUACCCAUAAAUGACUCGCUCUCGGUGGUUUCUUUGACUCAUUCAAGUGCCACUAUCCAUUGGAGUCCCUCAUUGAGUGAACCUGAUUACUCUAUCGAUUAUUAUGUGGCCAUCAAUCAAGAUCAUAAUCUUAUAUCCUAUUGCGAGUAUUUUGAACAGGUUGAAACUCUCAUGAAGAAUCAAUCUUUAAACCAUUCGUUAAUCAAGUCCAAUAAAAGCAUUGAAAUGUUUACACCAUGGCCUCCAGUUUUACCCCUCAUAGAGGCAACUGAGGACACUGAACUUGAAAAUGAAGUCAUCACUUCACCAACUACUCCUUUUACCCGUUGGUACGAACGUACAAUGGCCAAAAGCUGGGAAUCGGAACAGGCGAGGAAAAACUGGACUCAAUACAACAUUAUUCGCCUUGAGCAGGCAAACAAAUCAGCAAACUAUCAUCACACUUGGAAAUAUCUUAACCCAUCAACUCGCUAUUUUGUUGAUGUGAUUGCAAUCAACCGAGCAACUAAAGCAACUUCACUUUACAAAGGAUUAAAUUUAACAACGAAAGUUCCAUACAAAAAAUUGUCAAUUCCAUCUGUAACAUUGGAUGUUGGUUCUAAAAAGCAAAAGCCAGAUUUGAUGUGGCCAAAGUUGACUAGAAUUCGAGAUAAACGCUUGACAACUGUGAAUCUGUCCAAACAAAAUAAUUUCACUGAGAUAUUUUCUUACCGUUAUAAUGAUAGUGAUUUCAGUGUAGGUGGUAAUCUUUGGCUGUUUGUUCAAAUUUGCUCAACCUCUCAUUCAAGCAAGGUUGAUGUUACAAUUAAUGGUGCAGGAUUAACCAAUGCUGUAAUGAUUAGAGAGACUGGAAUCAAAGGGAGUCGAGUAAUCAAUAUACCAAUGGGACUUAAAUGGUAUAACAGCACAAUGAAAAGUUCAACGACAAAAAAUAACCAACAAUUGUUGAUUAUUUCCCUGACUGGAUAUGGUAAACUGUCUUUUGAUGUCAAUUUAAUGAUCAGCAAAAAACGAUCCCAUAUUCCUGAGCCUCAACUACCUCGUGAUCGAAGCAUUCGUGUUCUUGAUCUACUGACAACGUGUAAAUCUGUCGAGUUAGCCUGGAUUGCAUCUCCUGAUGACAAGGCUUUGUAUUGUUUAUAUGCUGCUCCAAUUACACCAGAUAUAACUGAAAAACAGAUACAUCAAGAGUUAAAAGAGUUACCAGGAUAUAAUCUGAAUUCAACUUCAUCUGCUCGAUGUGAAUAUUUGAAAAAUAUAAAAUCAGUGAAAGGACUGAAGAGCAAAAGUAGUCUCAAAAAGUCAACAAAACCUGCAAGAUUCGCUCAAUUUUUGGAUAAAUCGCGCUAUUUUAAACGUUUAUAUUGUAACCAGUUUCCUCGUUUAACGGACAGUCGCUUAGAUCAGGUUAUAAUGCAUACAAUACAUCAUUUGAAGCCGUCAACGGAAUACGUUUUCCUGGUCGAAAUUUGGAAACCAAAGGGACUAACUGCUUACUACAAUUCGAUAACAACAGCAACUAAAUCAACGGAAAUGUGUUAACAUGCGAGGCAUUUUUACCAUUUCUGUAAAGACAUUUUCAUUGAAUAAUUGAAAUUGGAAUCUUUAAUUUCUCCUUUUAUCUUUACAAAAUUAUUCAAGUAUGAUGGACUGUUACGUCUCGUAAAAACUAUCAAUGGCAUUCAUUUGCUUAUCUUUAUUGAUUUGUAGCCUCAUCAUUCAAUCUUAGAUCUGAAAUUUAGUAUUUAUGAAACUAAUUGCCCAGGACAUUGAGAUACAUGUAAAAGGAGAUCAACAAGUUAUUAAAAUACUGAGAAACUAAGUGGAAACUUGGAAUGGCCAUUCAACAACAAAUCAUCAACAUUAUCUAAAACCAUUCAAAAGAUGGACGUCGAUAGAGAUUAGAGAAAGCAAAGAGAGUUAAAAGCGAUCCAAGAGUCCAACUCUCCUCUCCAAUAGCCUAAAGUAAUGGUCAAUCUUGCUAAUAUAGUUGUUUUUUUACCGGUGAUCGUCAUUUGGACAAUUUUGUUUUUUUCUACUUAAAAGAACAGUUUAGGACCAAGCAACUAAAAGUAAGGCUUGCUCUUCAUUUUGGAUGUUUACCUGAUCAAGAUGAAAGACAAGAUCAUCUCUUCCUUGAAAUUUUCAUCCUUCAACUUUUCUCGUCUCAACAUAUUCGUGUUUUAUAGAUUAUUAUUAUAAUAAUAAUAUCAUUAUUGACUUUUUAACGGACGCUAAUUUAGCUGAUAAGUAAAAAAAGAGGCUGAAACAAGCGCAACAUUAUUCCCUCUACUUAAUGUUCCGAAGCAUCAACCAUUUACUGGAUUACCAAUUGCAGCUAAUUCAAGGAAUUGACAUAAACUGCCAAAUGAUUAAAAUCAUUUUGCCUAAUUUCAGCAUUUUUCAUACGUGAUUAUGCCAAUUUUUACAGCUUUACUGCAAGUUAUUACAUGUUUUCCUAUUGUACAUCAUGGUGAACUGCUAAGCGGAUUUUUGUCCCUAUACUUUUGCCAAUUUUGGCAAAUUUUAUUCUCGCCUUAUCUUCUGGUCCUCAACUAAUCAUCGUCAUCUCAUCAUCUGAUUACUUUCAAUCAUAACCAUUGGAAAUGUUCAAAAUUACGAAUCGCCUGAUUAUAUACUAAACUUGAAUGCUCAUCUUUUUCUUAUCAUCACCGCCACUGACAAUGGCUUCAUACUGCAUUGCUUUUGUAUUUAUUAUCAAAUUGUGAAAAGAAAUAAUAAAUUGUAAUGAAUUGUUUAAUAAUCAUUGAAA